UCGUAGGAAAACCGUCGCUCACAUAAGGUGGUGUGUAGGUAAUUAGCGCUCACCUGUGCUAAAUGCUGCUCAGAAGCUCUGGCUGUUCUCGCGAUAUGCCAACGAUGAAUUAAUGCCAUCACACGAGUCAUCGCUGCAGGCUUGAACCUGCGCAGGGAAACCCCAUUGGAUUUCGAUUCCAACGCCUUAACCAGUCGGCCAUCACAGCUGGAUAAACCGAGCAAAAUAGUUCUUUCAACGAACAAACGCAUCUGAGUCUGCAUUUUGUAUACUUAUCAUUUCUGACCAGUAAUUGCUUUAGUGAAUGAAAGAUGAAGGUGUCCCGGAAACCGAUGUCAGCUUGGGAAGCCUGUUGCAACUUAUUUGAUAACCGCCAUGAAUUUCAGAAACACAUCGAUAGUUUCUUACGUCAAACAAAACUCCCCGCCAAAUUGCACCUGAUUUCUGCAGACCACUGCAGUGAUGAGCCAGCCUGCUGUUUUGCGCCUUUGAGAAGUGAUCCACAAUGAAUGCUGAUUUUAAUGCGGACGUCCUCAAUAGGACACAAGGGUCAAAUAAAUCUGCCAUCACUGUCAGCUGAGCAGAGCUGUGAAUAUCACAUGCAGCAGGCCCAGGAACACAAGCCCGGUCUAGUGUCAGUGACCAGACUGCUGUAAACAUAAGGCUGCAGGGAACUAAUGCCAAUUUAAUGUACCAAACAGCCACAGGAGUAAAGCAGCAUAAAACCUAAUCAUCUCCAGCCGGAAGCUAAAGCAAGACUGUUCCAUGUAUUAAUGAUCAAACCAAUCCAUCUCCACCUGACUUGCUGCAUCCUAACUGAUCAGAUUUUCUUAGUUGUCAAAUAUUAUUUACUCAUGUUUAAAUCUUCUAGGGUUUACUUGUCUUUGUUUGUAUUUAUCUGUCACAAUGUGGGCAAGCGUCUACUGUAGUAGUGUGAUUCGGUUUGCAGUUUUUAGUUUUUCUGUUUUUCUGCAGAAUAUAGGCUGAUACAUCCUCCGUCAUGGGAUAACGAGGCUCCUGCUUAUACCAACAGGUUUAUUUACUGGUGUGGGCCUAAUAGCAGAGGCAGCAAGGUUAAGUAAACGCUCUCAAUGAAAUGGCAAAAAUCGUAGCUGAUUAACACUCACAACCCACUACAGCGCCAUACCCGCAACGUGUGAUUACAGGAAGACACUGAUGGCUGGUUAUCACUUUGUAUGCGGGGAUUAGGUUAGGCAAAGAUGCUCACAAGGCACACAGCUCUACAUCUGCAUAUUGAUGAGCAGUGAGCUGAUUUUCCGGUAGAUGACGUUAUAAGAGAAAUGUUUUGGCUCGUGCACAAUUGUUCCUGAAGGUGAGCACACUCGAAGCCACGGGGUUCUGUCCGUGGUGCUGAUGCAGCCUCCUUCACACAACGUGCCGAGAAAAUGUUUCUUCUUUGUAUCGGCAUGCGUCAGGGAAGGAGGUGCGCUGCUCCAAGACUUUGUGUGGCAGCUGCAGUCACAGGGUUUGGGGCUGCUGCCCGCCGCAAAAAAAUGCGAGACACAAGAGAAGCACGUGUAGUGGGUGGUCCCCGGCAGACGACUUUCACGUGGCUCUAGCGAGCGCCGAGCCAGAGCUGAGCCGCCACCGUUUCAGUCCGGUGCGGCACCAGCAGGAGACAACAUCAGCAUGGCUGCGGAGAUGGAGCCCUCAGACGUGAUCCGCCUGAUAAUGCAGUACCUCAAGGAGAACAACCUCUACCGAACGCUGACCACCUUGCAGGAGGAAACCACCGUCUCACUCAACACGGUGGAAAGCAUCGACAGUUUCAUAGCAGAUAUAAAGAGCGGCCACUGGGACAACGUCCUGCUGGCUAUCGAAUCCCUCAAGUUGCCUGAUAACACACUUAUUGACCUUUAUGAGCAGGUUGUAAUGGAGCUCAUUGAAAUGCGAGAGGUGGGAGCGGCUCGCUCUCUCCUCAGACAAACUGACCCCAUGAUCAUGUUAAAGCAGACGCAGCUAGAGAGGUACAUCCAUUUGGAGAACCUGCUAACAUGCUCCUACUUUGACCCCCGAGAGGCGUACCCGAAGGGCAGCAGCAAGGAGAAGCGGCGCAGGGCAAUAGCUGAGGCGUUGGUGAGGGAGGUCAGCGUGGUGCCCCCCUCUCGCCUCAUGGGGCUCCUGGAACAAGUUGGCUCUAUGAGACUAGAGCAGUCGCCGGGUCAUCUCUCCCCCGAAAUGGCCAUUGAAACGUCUGGCAACAAAGAAAGACAUGUGGAGAAAGAGAGCUUUCCAACGCAGCUGUACCGUCACAUCAAGUUUGGACGGCGGUCGCAUGUGGAGUGUGCCCGCUUCUCUCCUGAUGGCAAGUACUUAAUCACUGGAUCGGUGGACGGGUUCAUUGAGGUCUGGAACUACAACACAGGAAAAAUAAGUAAGGAUUUAAAGUAUCAGGCCCAAGAUAGCUUCAUGAUGAUGGAUGAUGCUGUGCUGUGUAUGUGCUUCAGUCAAGACACAGAUCUACUGGCAACUGGAGCUCAGAAUGGCAAAAUAAAGGUGUGGAAGAUACAGAGUGGCUUGUGCCUGCGCAGGUUUGAGCAUGCGCACAACAAAGGUGUGACCUGUCUGAGCUUCUCCAAAGACAGCAACCAGAUCCUGAGUGCCUCCUUUAACCAGACCAUCAGAAUCCAUGAACUGAGGUCAGGCAAGACACUAAAGGAGUUAAAUGGCCAUUCAUCGUUUGUAAAUGAUGCAUCUUUCACUCAAGAUGGAUUUCACAUCAUCAGUGCCUCAUCUGAUGGCACAGUUAAGAUUUGGAAUGCAAAAUCGGGCGAAUGCAUCCACACUUUCAAAUCUCUGUCUCGGACAUCAGAGCUCCCCGUCAACAACGUCAUUCCUCUGCCCCAAAAUCCAGAGCACUUUGUGAUUUGCAACCAAUCCAACACGGUGGUCAUCAUGAACAUGCACGGUCAGACUGUGAAGACCUUCAGCUCGGAUAGAAAGGAUGGAGCCAACUUUGUGUGUUGCACCCUGUCACCCCGCGGGGAGUGGAUUUACUGUGUGGGAGAGGACUUAGUGCUGUACUGCUUCAACUACACGACGGGAAGGCUGCAGAAAACGCUUACCGUUCACGAGAAAGACGUAAUUGGCAUCGCGCACCACCCACAUGAGAAUCUGAUUGCCACAUACAGCGAGGAUGGCCUCCUACGGCUAUGGAAACCUUAAACUGUCGCCUGCAUUGUGAUAUGGAGGACCCAGAGAGCCUUACACUUGGUCAUAAAGUGAUUCAUUCAUUUCUACACUUUACAAAUGGAUACAUUCUUCCAUCAGUAAAUUAUAAACCAGUUCACUGAUUGAGAGAACAAUCUCACCACUAAGUCUAUUCAGUAGCUGUUCUGGAGCUUUAGGUCAUGUCACAUGAUCUUCAUCAGCAGAUUUCCAGUUGUCAUGGAAUUGUAGAUGCUAAACUCUCCUGAGCACUUCUUGUAAAUGGUGGCUUAAAAGCUGAGGUUCCAAAUGAAUUUCUUUUCCUCGGAAACAGCAGUUUAGAAAACAGUCAGCUCCGUGGCAAAUGGGCAAACUCCAUUUGCUGAUGAGCAUCAUGUGACUUGACUGAAAGCACCAUAACAGCUACUAAAUGGAGCCUGUGGUGGCAAUGUUUCCUGAACUGCUGUUUCCAAAGUCAAGCAUAUACUUGGAACUUCCGUAAUGAAUUGUUUAUUUUCAAUGUCCACAAGUUCAGGUGAUAGCCAAUGCAAGUGUCUGUUACGUCUGAUGGUGGAUUAGAAAGACUGUGCACAGUGUACACAUUGGGAAAGUGGCAAAAUAAUCCAGUUGACAAAUAAAAUAAAAUGUUAAAAAAAAAAAGUAAAGAGGAGGCAACUUGGUAAAUCAAAAUGAAAUAAAAUAAU